AUGAAGCCUUCUUUAGUGAAUGAUAAGGUGGUGUGGCUACCAUCUUCUGAUGGGCAAUUCUCCAUUAAGUCUGCUUGGGACGAGUGGAGGACCCAUGGUUCUAGAGUUGUUUGGGCUAAGAUCCUGUGGUUCAAGUUUCAUAUUCCUAGAAUUAGUACUGUGGUUUGGUUUGCUAUCCAUAAUAGACUGAACACUCUUGAUAGGCUUGUUGUCUUUGGUACUAGCAACCCUUCUAUUUGUUGUCUCUGUGGGGUUGGACCUGAGGACCGUAAUCACUUGUUCUUUAAAUGCCCAUUCUCUUACAGAGUCUGGAAUGUUAUGCAGGAUAUGUGCAAUUUGAUUGUUCCUUAUCUUGACUGGAUUGAUUUGGUGGAUUGGUUAACCAGGACUAUCAAGGGCAAAUAUUUGGCUGCCACUAUUUCUAAACUUGUGUUUACUUGCUCUGUUUACUGUAUUUGGACUGAGAGAAAUUGCAGGAUUUUCAAAGGCUCAAAAUCCACUGAGGUGGCUAUGCAAGCUAAAAUUAGAAGCCUUGUGAGAAAUAGGAUCUUGUCCAUCUCGAGCUUCAAAGAGGAGGUGACAAAUGCUUGGUUUAUGGUGAAGUGGUCCCUCCCAAACUCUAUCCUAAAAUCAGGUCAAGGAUAA